AUGGCACGUACCAAGCAAACAGCUCGCAAAUCCACCGGAGGAAAAGCCCCAAGGAAGCAACUCGCAACCAAAGCCGCUCGCAAAUCUGCUCCCGCCACCGGUGGCGUCAAGAAGCCUCACAGAUUCCGUCCAGGAACCGUUGCUUUGAGAGAGAUCAGAAAGUAUCAGAAGAGCACUGAGCUUCUCAUCCGGAAACUUCCAUUCCAAAGACUUGUUCGUGAAAUCGCUCAGGAUUUCAAAACAGAUCUCCGAUUCCAAAGCAGCGCCGUUUCCGCUCUUCAAGAAGCCGCUGAAUCCUAUCUCGUUGGUUUGUUCGAAGACACUAACUUGUGCGCGAUUCACGCCAAGAGAGUUACCAUCAUGCCCAAGGAUAUUCAACUCGCUCGCAGAAUUAGAGGCGAGAGGGCUUAG